GUCACGCCGCCCGACGCCCGCUCGGCAGGGUGAGCCCCGCGCCCGGCGCUUGCAGGGCAGGACCCCGGGCCGGAGUGCGCGCCGGGACCGCCCGCGUGUCCGCGCCCUCGCGUCCGAGCCCGCGUGUCCGUGUCCGCGCCCUCGUGUCCGUCCCCGCGUGUCCGCGCGCCGACUGCCAGCCAGAAAAAUCAUUUUUCUUCUCUGGAGGGUGAACAUUUAUAGCAUUGAUUUCACGGAUCUGGUAACAUGGCAAAAGAUGCCGGUCUAAUUGAAGCCAACGGGGAACUAAAGGUCUUCAUAGACCAGAACCUUAGUCCUGGAAAAGGUGUUGUGUCCUUAGUAGCUGUUCACCCCUCCACUGUAAACACGCUUGGGAAGCAGCUCUUGCCAAAAACAUUCGGACAGUCCAAUGUCAACAUUGCACAACAAGUGGUAAUUGGUACGCCUCAGAGACCUGCAGCGCCAAACACUAUCGUGGUAGGAAGCCCACACACCCCUAACACUCACUUUGUCUCACAGAACCAGCCUUCAGACCCCUCACCUUGGUCUGCCGGGAAACGCAACAGGAAAGGAGAGAAGAACGGUAAGGGCCUGAGGCACUUCUCCAUGAAGGUCUGUGAGAAGGUGCAGAGGAAGGGAACCACAUCCUAUAACGAGGUGGCCGACGAGCUGGUUGCAGAGUUCAGUGCUGCCGAUAAUCACAUCUUACCAAACGAAUCCGCUUAUGACCAGAAGAACAUAAGACGGCGAGUCUAUGAUGCCUUAAAUGUGCUGAUGGCCAUGAACAUCAUCUCCAAGGAGAAGAAGGAAAUCAAAUGGAUCGGUUUGCCCACCAACUCAGCUCAGGAAUGUCAGAAUUUAGAGGUAGAGAGACAAAGAAGACUUGAAAGAAUAAAACAGAAACAGUCUCAACUUCAAGAACUUAUUCUACAGCAAAUUGCCUUCAAGAAUCUGGUGCAGAGAAACCGCCAGGCAGAGCAGCAGGCCAGCCGGCCACCCCCGCCCAACUCUGUCAUCCACCUGCCUUUCAUCAUCGUGAACACCAGCAAGAAGACCGUCAUCGACUGCAGCAUUUCUAACGACAAAUUCGAGUACCUGUUCAAUUUUGACAACACGUUUGAAAUCCAUGAUGACAUAGAAGUGCUGAAGCGCAUGGGGAUGGCCUAUGGGCUGGAAUCGGGGAGCUGCUCUGCUGAAGACCUGAAAAUGGCAAGAAGUUUGGUGCCGAAAGCACUGGAACCCUAUGUGACAGAAAUGGCUCAGGGAUCACUCAGCAGUGUAUUCGUCACGUCAUCGGUUUCGACCUCUAACGGCACAAGGCUUUCUGCCAGUGACUUGACCAACGGUGCAGACGGGAUGCUGGCCACAAGCUCCAGCGGGUCACAGUACAGCGGGUCCAGGGUGGAGACCCCCGUGUCCUACGUCGGGGAGGAUGACGAUGAGGACGAGGAGUACGAUAAUGACGAGGAAGACUGAUGUUUUCGCUCGCAGGCCCCACUCCCCCUCAAGUUCAGCUUCAGGAAAACAUGUUUAGGGAAGAGAAACUUUUUUUCAUGUGGGCUUUUCUGUUUCCUUUUGGCCUCUUUCCAAGAGGAUAUUGGUAAGCUAUUGAAUUUGACCUGCACCUCUGAUAAGCAAGCGAGGGUUGUUCUCUGUAGGGUCUUUGAAGACGGGCUGCAGUGUGUGUUGAUUCCAGUGUGCCGAUGCAGGGCUUUUAUUUACUUUUUAAGAUUGUGUGUUUUUAUUUCUGGGUUUUUUUUGUUUGUUUUUUGUUUUUUGGGUUUUUUUUAAAUUCAGAGUUCCUUUUUGCCCCGUAACACUUCUUGCUGACUUUGCUGAAGAAGCUGUACUCCAUCUGCAUCAAUGAAAAAAUACCAUCAUCCUGUUGAGGCCACCCCAGAUGCCGUUCAUUUACAGCGUGUUGUGAAUGGCGCCACCUGCUGGCGGAGUGUGAGGCUCCAGGACGGGUUUCGUUUUGUUAAAUUCUGUGGCGUCUGCAGAACCGAGCAAAUGGCAGAGCUCUGCUUUUCAACAUUAAGCGCCAUAAAUCUUAUGACUUAUUUUCCCUUAAGUUAUAUUGACUGCGUGGUUCCAUUAAGUUUAUAUUUUUUCUUUAUUUUUUUUGGUUCAUGUUGCAGCAAACAUAUUGCAAAGUUCUUUUUUUGUGUUUGUGUUUGUUUGGUAAGUUUACUGCCAUGCUGGUGCAGCUUUGAAAAGUGUCUGGAAGUCUUGGAAUGGUUUAUUGCUUAUGGUAAAAUUUGCCUGAUUUCUUACAGGCAGUGUUUGGAAACUUUUUAUUAUAUAGUUGUUUACAUACUUAUAAGUCUAUCAUUUAAAGACAUGUACUGAAACAAAUGUUGUAUUUGUUUCGUAAGCAUCUUCCUGUAAUCUAUUAUAAAGUUGAAAUUAAAUAUAGAGAAUGUUUUAACAGUUUUUUAACUCAAAAUUUGUCAAUCAUUUUUAAUAGUUCUUUUUUUAUAAAAAGAAAAAGGAAUUUCAGGACAGGCAGUAGCUUCUUUUAAAAUUUAUUCACAAAGAACCAUUAACUGCACAGUUGCUGUUAGCUGCCUGUUCUAAAACAAUAGUCUUUUUAUUGAAACACAAAUAAACUUUUCUGUAAUAUUUUAUGGAAUAUAAAGAGACUUUAAUUGUUUGACUUGUUUAACUUGGCACUGUUAGUUUUUAUUAAUAAAACGCGCAUGGGCAUUUCAAACAA